GUACGUGGCAACGAUUCGAUCCUGACUGACAGUCAACCACCAACCCGGCUGAGCGAGGACUGUCUCUACCUGAAUAUCUGGAGGCCCAGAUGCCCUGACGCUGAGCCGGACAUGGCAACGAUGUUUUGGGUCCAUGGUGGAUCGUUUAUAACUGGGUCCUCGGCGGAUCCUGUUUACAACGGCGCAAAAUUGGCUGCCUCUGAGUGUGUGAUCGUUGCAUCUGUGAAUUACAG